AUGACAUGGACAUUUGUGCCUCGUGGUGCAUGCCCAAAAAAUGGAAGAGGAAAAAUCAAGGAAAGAUCUAGGGAGGCAAAGAGGGCAAGAGUGGAUGAUGGCAACUUUUCAUAUUCUAUGUCCGGUAGACGAGGUCAUUCAAGUUUCCGACAAAAGUCCUCCGGGAAAGGUUCUACAAAUGCUCCUCCAAAGUCUAGUAAUGAAAAGGUGUCUAACCCUAAACCUCAAGGAUAUGGUAGUAGGUCUUUAAUGCCUACUUGUGCUAAAUGCGGAAGAAAUCAUGAAGGGAAGUGUCUAGCAGGUUCUAAUGCUUGCUUUGGGUAUGGUAAAAUGGAUCAUAAAAUAAAGAAUUUCCCUUCGGUUUCUAGAAAUGAAGGAGACACUCGUCGUAGGGCUCAACACUACCCUUCAUCCGGUCCAAGUGGUUCGGGUGUAAAUGCUCCCAAGCAAAAUCGAUUAUAUACACUCCAGACUAGAGGUGAUCAAGAUAUUUCCCUGGAUGUGGUGACCGGUAUGCUAAAAGUUUUUCAACUUGAUGUGUAUGCUUUACUUGAUCCCAGUGCUACUUUUUCCUUUAUGACCCUUAUGUGCCUAUGA